UUUCCACUUUGAGCUCCAUUUUCGUCAAACACCUUCAAAACAAGAUCGAUCCCAGAAAAGCCCAGAUGGAAUUCUGCGGGCAGCAAGUGGUUCUGAUCAGUGGGUGCUCCCAAGGAGGCAUAGGCCAUGCCCUGGCACGUGCAUUUGCUGUAGAGGACUGUCUGGUGGUGGCUACGAGCAGGUCACUGAGCUCCAUGGCUGACCUUCAGGAGGACCCAAGGUUCUUUUUACAAGAGCUGGAUGUGGUUUCAGAUGAGAGUGUGGAUCAUGUUGUGUCUAGUGUUUUGGAGAAGUACGGCCGAAUUGAUGUGCUUGUCAACAAUGCUGGGAUUCAAUGUGUUGGUCCACUUGCAGAAGUCCCUCUCUCUGCUCUGCAAAACACUUUUAAUACCAAUGUUUGUGGUUCCAUGAGGUUGAUACAAGCUGUUGUCCCUCACAUGGCAUCAAGGAAAAAGGGAAAGAUUGUAAAUCUUGGAAGUGUUACUGUUUUGGCCCCUGGACCAUGGGCUGGUGCUUACACAGCAUCCAAAGCUGCUCUUCAGGCACUUUCUGAUUCUUUAAGAUUGGAACUCAGGCACUUUGGGAUCAAUGUAAUCACUGUUGUACCUGGAGCUAUUAGGUCAAAUCUUGGAAAUUCUGCUUUAGCCGGCUACAACCAGAUGCCUGAAUGGAAAUUAUAUAAACCUUUUGAAGCAGCAAUCCGCGCUAGAGCAACUAUGUCACAAGGAACCCAUUCAACCUCUGCCGAAGAGUUUGCAAAGAGGACUGUGGCUGCCAUUCUGAAGGAGAAUCCACUAGCUUGGUUCUCCUAUGGCCGCCAUUCUACCAUUUUCGCAAUCUUGUAUCAUCUGCCACUGUUCAUAAGGGAUUUUGUCAUGAAGAAAGCAAUGAAAUGUUGAGCUUCUGCAUUCUUUAUGGUUUUGUUUCCUAAUAGUUUUGUCUCUGUGCUCAAAAUACAUGUAUCAAGAUCGCCUUAUACAUGAAGAAAGCACUAUGUUCGUUAAUAAUGUAACAGGUUACAAGUGAAAAAUAUUUCAUGUGUGAUUUAUGUAUCUUCUUUGACCUCAAUACUGCAUAUGAAUAAUGUUAUAUUUCGCAAAAGAACUUGG